AUGGGCCGGGUAGAUUCUCCCAGGGAUCUUGAGUCGCUUGACCAAGAGGCCCGAGAAGCAUCUCGCGACUGGUGUGCAAUCUUGGUGUGCAGUGCUGUCGGAUACCUUCUCAUAGUUGCGCUCCUGAUCAACUAUACGGAGAUUCCUUUCCCGGCGCUCACAUUUGGCCCCUUUGUUUGGGGAAGCAAGCCUGAGCCAUUCUAUGCAUUCUCGACUGGCGAUGGCGAGUUUCAGAAACCCCAGGGCAUCAAGAUCAUAGCCUUGGUGAAUUAUAGGCAACCGGAGCGGACAUCCAUUCUAAACUGCUACCUGCAGAAAAAGCUCGUCCGAAAUGGCGGUCUUCUCGACGAAGUGGUUUUCAUACCAGAGACCCAUGACGAAGAGCAUCUCGAGUGGUUCGACUCUAUUGUCAACCAGACCACAGAAUAUUCCCAGGUUGUCUCUGGGAACAUGCCGAUCUUUGGGAUACCCUAUCCAAAGACACCCUACAGCGUGAUCCCCACGGUUGUCAAAACGAAACUCGACCACCCAGAUUCGCUCAUGGUCUCGGCCAACGUGAUCCAUCAACCUGUCCUUGCAGAUUUCCACAACCGCCGAGGGAUUGCUCUCCCUUACCUGCCCGAGCUGUAUCCAGUCAAACAGCCCUCGCGAAAUAUCCCCUGGUUGAGUCACGAUUGGCGCGCAUCAGAUCUUCCGCGCUGGGAUGGUCCACCGGAUUUCAGCGUGCAAAAGGGCUUUCGCCCUCCAUUUCAGGGCCACCGGUGGCUACUGGCAAGCGACGAUGAAGGGGCUGACAAUCGAACGCUCGCAGAAGAUGGACAUAAUCAUCGAUGGCAAAAUUGGUCUCGCAUUAUGACGGUAAGGCCGGUUCGGAGGGGCUCGACGCAACGGACGUCCUCCAGAGGUAUCGUGCGUAUGCUGAAGAAAUGGUCUGUCCGAUGGGUUGAUAGGACAGGUACUUAUAGUUCUGUAAUUGUAUUGUAUCCAUGUGCGCCAAGCGUAGAAUGGAUGCGGAGUCUAGAACGAGCCACGAAGCCAGCUCGUUGGCGGCGGGAACUGAACCAUGGACGCGGGACGGCCGAGGCACGUCUGAAGUUUUCUCAACGCCUUCAACAAGUUCUGCCAUAA